UUAAAGCGAAGAACCCCACCUUAAUGGCUUGGUGCAAUGAAUUUUCCGAAACUCCAAAAACCUUUGCCUUCUUUUCGGAUGAAUAAAUGUUUGUCUUUGGGCUUGUAACGUAAAUUUGAUUUACUAAGACAAGAUGAAUUAUGGAAAAAAGUCGCCCAGCAUGGGCACACCGUCCGUGUAUUCACAUGUUACGACACGUAGUAGUGCAAAUCUUAGAUCAUCUAGAUCAGUUAGAAGUGUAAAGAUACCGUGGUAUCAAAAACGACUAUUAACAAAUGCAUUUGUAUUGGAUAUACAGAGAGGUGCAAUGGUUACUGGUAUAUACUCGUUGUUUCUAUCACUUUUUACUAUUUGUACCGCAGUUUUUGACAUUUACUGUCUGUCACAAGCUGCACCAGGUUCGAUACAUUAUGGAUAUUAUUUAAUAUCUUAUGAAUUUGUUUAUGUAGGAAACGAACAUGUACGUAAUGCCCUUAUCGUAUUUGCGUUAUUCUCAAUGCUUGGAGGAAUGGUGAUUCUGGUAACAUCGUUUAUCCUAAUUAAAGCUCUGAGAAAGGAAUAUGAAAAGAAAAUGGUUCCAUGGCUCUAUAGUUUCGCCAUAUUUACUCUCUUCAGGCUAUUUGCCUUUUUAUUCUUUAGUAUUGUCAAUGAUAUGAUCUUCGCUUAUAAUAUAAUGAUGUGUCUUCUUUGGAUUACUUUCUCCGCUGCAUCCAUUUAUGGAUGGUUAGUAGUCUACUCAUUAUACAUCGAGUUGAGUGAUUUAACAAGACUAGAAGAUCUUGCUCAUUUGAGGAUUGGAACUAUGCAAUCAUUAAAUGCAUCAACGACUCAUUCAAUUGCGGGAUCACGGCCUACAACUCCACACAGCACAGUUUCCACGAUGCCAGUCAAUUAAAUUUAAUAAUUAAAAUCGCACCAUUAAAUAAUGUGUUAAGAAUUAUCACACUUUUAAAAUGUAUUAUUGCUUUUGUUACACCUUGAGUGAGACUUCAAGAUAAGCAAAAUAAUUAAUUUUAAGGUCAAUUUUAUAGAACUAAU